AUGUAUAAUAGGUUAGUGUACCGGGCGACGUCUUUCGGGGAGGAUGUGAGCCACUGCUUUUAGUGUUACGGGACGGUAUUAUCAUUUAAGGAUAUUCUGAAACAUUGGUGUCCUCUUAUCCCAAUGUUAUGGCAACUGCGAUGAUAACGUGUCUCCAUGAAUCAUUCAUUACUUCAGGUUCAUAUCUAAGAACGUGAAUUAUCUGUAAACGUGAACUUUAGCAGACUGAAUAUUUUCUCCUCUCUUCAAAUAAAUAUUGAAAGAAAGUCUUCAGUGACCUAAUGUGCCCAGUGUUGAGCUGAGGUAGUCUGCCGUGUCCUUAGGUGACCUGUGUUCAUCUAAGGCUACCUGCCUUUUUGACCUAAGGUAAUCUGACGUGACCUGUUGUGUUGAGCUGUGGUGGUCGUGCUGAAAGAAAGGAUGAUGGCCUCGCUACUGUCAUUGUUGUCGUGGAUGGGGCUUUGGUCAUCACCGUUAAGAGUGCUCAACAGUGACACUCCACCCAUCAAUAUCACCGUUACACCCACCCAGAUGGUUGGCAUGACUUCUGUUUUCAUGGACAUAUUGGUGGAGAACUUUGUGACAGAGGAUGGAAGACGGGUGUCGUACCUGGCCCUGGAGAACAGCGACAUUUAUAGCACCAACUUCUUGGAGAUGGGGGCGCUCCUCAAGAAAGUCGACCCACUCCAGAUGGACGAAGCAGAACGCAAAUCUUUUUUCAUAAAUCUGUACAACCUGCUGACGAUCCAUGCAUUGGUGUCUAUGAACCGCUUGCCCAGCAGCACCCUCAGCGUCACAGACUUCUGGAGGAGAUUCGCCUACCAGGUGGGCCCCUACACCCUCCACCUGGACGACAUUGAGCACGGCAUACUCAGAGAUAACCGACCACAUCCAACAACCGGCACCGUCUUCUUUGGAGCGACCGACCCCCGUUUGGCCCUCUCCGUGGCUGCUGACCACCGCAUCCAUGCAGCUCUCAAUUGUGGUGCCCUGGGGUGCUCACCACUCACCUCGUACAGCCCGAGGCAGCAGCUAGACCAGGACCUGGACGACGCUAUGAAGCGACUCUGCAACACUUCCGUCACCCUGAAGAACGACAACACCCUCGUCAUCAACUCUAUCUUCAAAUGGUUCAGCUCAGACUUUGCUGACUCUGAGGCCCUCACUCUCAGACAUAUAAAUCAAACACCUUCGUGCCUCAAGAUUUCUCAAGUGCAAAGAACCAAAAGUGAAUUUUGUGAAGGUGACCAGUCUGGCAACACUGGCCGAGCAGCACCAGUAAAUGUUUUAAGUGCAGGUGUAUCGCUCUUGGUGCGAGAAUGGUUCGCCAAGGAUAUCUCUAUGGGGGUGUCUGGCGUCGGAGGCCGUGUGAAGAUAGAGGUAUACUUCGAGUCUCUCUGUCCCGACUCUGUACACUUCUUCACCCACCAGCUGUAUCCGACGUGGCUGGACUUGCGGGAUAUCAUGGAUCUAGUGUUUGUGCCCUUUGGUAAGGCCAGGGCGACACCGACAGGGACUGGAGACUACGAGUUUGAGUGUCAGCACGGUCCUGACGAGUGCUAUGGCAACAAGGUGAUGUCAUGCGCCCAGGAGUCUCUUCCCAUCCACACUCAGAUGGAAUUUUUCCACUGUAUGAUGAGCAAGCCAUAUCCUGCUUCUACUGGGGAACAGUGCAGUAAAACCGUACGGAUUGAGUGGGCACCAAUUGAUGAAUGUUCCAAGAGUUCUGUUGGGUCUAGCUUGCUCUACAAGAAUGGCAUCCGUACAUCUGCAUUGAAACCACGUGUGUAUUUCAUCCCAACGAUUGUCAUUGAUGGGCACUACAAUGAUAAUCAGCUGAAGAAUUCCCUGGCAGACCUCAAGAGUCAGAUCUGUAAUGCUUACCAGGGACCACCACACCAGGGCUGCUUCUAGUUGUUCCCUGCAGUGGAAAGUGUUAUAUUUAAGUAUGCUCUUUAUACCGAUUUUUUUUUUUAAACGGGGGAAGUGCUAAACCCAUAGUGGUCAUAUAUCAUGUGAGGAAUGGGAGGCAUUUGUUUGAUCCAAGAAAAAAAAAAUACUUUAUUUCUAUAGUGUACAGUAUAUUAUACUAUUAAGAUUUUUUAUUAUAAUCAAAAAGAAUAUACUAUUAAGAGUAAUUGACAUAAACUAGUAUACUUUAUAGAAAGCCCCUCAUUAUGGAAGGAUUUAUGGGCAGCCUUUAUACUAAAUUAUGAGGUUAAGUCCUCUAAUUCCUUUGAUCAGGAAUCCCCCUCCAGCAUAAAAGCCCCUCCAUUCCACCCCCCUGCCCCAUGGGAGGUACCUGGAUGCUGGUGAAGGGCUUUUGAUCAAAGGUACCGACUUAUCCACCACAUCAGAUCAAACCUGACUGCCUCCCAUUUCCCAGGGACUGUGUAACCCCUGUUAGUAUAUCACUUUACCCUGGUUUAAAAAAAAAUUAAUGGAAAGAAUAUACAGUGGAACCUCAAAUUUCGAACAAAUCAUGUAUCGAACUUUUCGAAAAUCGAACGCUUUUUUCGAACCAACUUUGUCCCUAUUAUCGAACUCGCCCCUAUUUUCAAACCGCCGGGUACUGGACCUGUCCGGCAGCCCACUCUGUCCGCGUCCCCGUGCAGGCGCUGUGAGCCAGUCUGGUUUUGUUGAUGCUUGAGUGAACACUAACCUGCGCUCUCAUUCAAACAUUUUACGAUUAUUUCUUUGUGUUUAGUGCUUGUGGGACUGUGAAAUAAGCUACCAUGGGCCCAAAUAAACUUGCUAGUGGUACCCCAUGGUAAAAAAAGUGAGAAACACCAUAGAUGUGAAGGAAAUAAUACAGAAGUAUGAGAGUGGUGUGAGACUAGUUGAGCUUGCCAGGAUGUACAGAGGACUGUGGACUGUUAUUUUGUGAGACAGAAACAGACUGUAGACAGUUUAGUGAGACAGGGGUCCAGUGACUCAAGCUGGUCCUAGUGGCAAUAAAAUACAGAGAAGGGAAGUAACCCCAGAAAAGUCUAAUACCUGAAGUCCUCAUGGAGGGGGAUUCAACUUCCAAACACUAACCCCAACUCCCUCUCUCCUCCUCCCUAUCUUCCAGAUGCCAUCACUAAUCUUCAAUAAAGGCAAGUAAAAAUGUUAUUUUAUGUUCAUUUAAAUUUAUUAAUACAUAAUUGAACACUAUAUUUGUUGUAUGUAAAACUAUAAUUAAUCUCUAAAUUUUUUUUUUUUUUUUUUUUCGUUUCUGGAACGGAUUAAUUGUAUUUCCAUUAUUUCUUAUGAGAAAUAUUUCUUUGCUUUUCAGACUUUUUGAAUUUAGAACUAGCUCCUGGAAUGGAUUAAGUUCGAUAUUUGAGGUUCCACUGUACCUAAAUUUAGGUUUUUUCCCUACUGAGUUUUUUUUAAUUGACAAAUUAAUCUCUAGUUUUGAAUGUAUAAUUCUGGCUUAGUUGCAAUGUUUAAAUUUUUUUUUUUUUUUUUUUUUUUACAAAAAUUGCUUCAUAAUGCAUUACAAACAAUUUUGUGCACUAAACUUUGAGAUCACAGUUUAUAUAAAGAAUUAAAUGGUCUCGGUCAACCUAUUUUUUAUUUUAAUAAAAACAAUUUGCAGACAUUUUAAUUAAUGUGAAUAUUGAGGCGUUUAGAAAGUAAUUUAUAAAUUCAGUAUCUAAUUAUAAGUACGUAAUUGUUUUUAACUGAGUUAUAUUCCUUUAAGGCAUUGACCUUCAAUUCUUUAGUAAAUAUUUUGCGAAGAAGAAUGUUCUCUGAAUGAAGAUGAAUGGUUCAGAGAACCGACAAGUUCAUAAAUGUGCAGUACUUGGGUAUCUUUAAUGAAGAAACAUUUUGCCACAGUGACUUCAUCAGUCCAUACAAAGGAGAAUGGUGAAGAACAGAAGUUUGAGGCUGAGGGACUGAUUGGUGAAGAACAGUAGUAGUUUGAGGUAAUCAGUCCCUCAGCCUCAAACUCCUGUUCUUCACCAUUCUCCUUUGUAUGGACUGAAGUCACUGUGGUGAAACGUUUCUUAAUUAAAAAUACCAAAGUGCUGCAUAUGUCUAAUUUAUCAACAUGUUCUCUGAAUGCUAAAUUUCUCUUUUUUUUUUUUUUAAAUGUAUAUAUUUUAAUGGGCAUUUUCACCAAUGUUUGAAUACCUUUCUUUUAAAUAACUAAGGUACCUCUUUAACAUUUUAUAGUUAAUCAUAUAAACAAAGUUCAAUAAAUGAU